UCUGUUGAGAAGUGAUUCAGGGAGCUGUUACAACACGUGUUUGUACUGCUGCAGCAACGUGGCGUCGGAUGCUUCGUAAGUAGAGGAAAAUCACAAGAGAAACACAAGAGAAACGGCACCUGUCAAAGCUCUCUGAGGCGCCUAUUUCUUCCUAGCUGUUGGUCUUCACAUGCCACGAUGAAGUACAUCUUGGUUACGGGCGGUGUUAUAUCUGGGAUUGGUAAGGGCAUCAUUGCCAGCAGUGUUGGCACAAUCCUCAAGUCCUGCGGCCUUCAUGUCACUGCUAUCAAAAUCGAUCCAUACAUCAAUAUUGACGCUGGCACCUUCUCACCUUAUGAACAUGGUGAAGUGUUUGUUCUCGAUGAUGGAGGAGAAGUGGAUCUUGACUUGGGAAACUAUGAGCGUUUCCUAGACAUUCGCCUUAUCAAAGACAACAACCUCACCACUGGAAAGAUCUACCAGUCAGUAAUUAACAAGGAAAGGAAAGGAGACUACCUGGGCAAGACAGUACAAGUGGUACCCCACAUCACAGAUGCCAUACAGGAGUGGGUAAUGAAACAGGCUAGGAUUCCAGUGGAUGAUGAUGGUGUGGAGCCUCAAGUUUGUGUCAUAGAGCUGGGAGGCACAGUAGGAGACAUCGAGAGCAUGCCUUUUAUAGAGGCCUUCAGACAGUUCCAGUUCAAAGUGAAGAGGGAGAACUUCUGCAACAUCCAUGUCAGCUUGGUACCACAGCCCAGUACAACAGGAGAGCAAAAAACCAAACCGACCCAGAACAGUGUCCGAGAGCUCAGAGGGCUGGGCUUGUCUCCAGAUUUGAUUAUGUGUCGCUGUGCAAUGCCCCUGGAAACAUCUGUCAAGGAGAAGAUAUCCAUGUUUUGUCAUGUGGAGCCCACACAGGUGAUCUGUGUCCAUGAUGUCUCUUCAAUUUAUAAAGUGCCCCUGCUUCUGGAGGACCAAGGUGUUGUGAACUACUUCUGUAAGCGGCUAAACCUGCCUGUUGAGAUGAGACCCAGAAAGAUGCUUACAAAAUGGAAGGAGAUGGCUGACAGAUCUGACCGUCUCCUGGAGCAUGUUUCUAUCGCCCUGGUGGGAAAAUACACAAAGUUAGCAGACUCCUACACGUCUGUUAUUAAGGCACUAGAACACUCUGCUCUGGCCAUUAAUCACAAACUAGAGGUCAAGUACAUAGACUCUGCUGACUUGGAGACUACCACUCUGCAAGAUGAACCUGUGAAAUAUCAUGAGGCCUGGCAAAAACUCUGCAGUUCUCAUGGUGUGUUGGUUCCAGGAGGUUUUGGUGUACGAGGAACAGAAGGCAAGAUGCUGGCUAUUAGUUGGGCAAGGAAACAGAAUAAGCCAUUUCUGGGGGUAUGUUUAGGCAUGCAGCUGGCAGUGUGUGAGUUUGCCCGCAACGUUCUCAAAUGGGAAGAUGCCAACUCCACAGAAUUUAAUCCAGAAUCAAAACACCCUGUGGUGAUUGACAUGCCAGAACACAACCCAGGGCAGAUGGGUGGGACUAUGAGGUUGGGGAAGAGGCAGACCAUUUUCAAAUCCAGCACCAGUGUAUUGAGAAGACUGUAUGGAGAUGUGGAAUAUGUUGAAGAGAGGCACAGACACAGAUUUGAGGUGAAUCCAGAGCUAAAGCACCACUUUCAAAAGAAGGGACUUCAGUUUGUUGGCCAGGAUGUGGAAGGAGAGAGAAUGGAGGUCAUUGAAUUGGACGACCAUUGUUACUUUGUUGGAGUGCAGUACCAUCCAGAGUUCACCUCUAGACCCAUCAAACCUUCUCCUCCAUAUUUUGGUCUCCUGCUGGCUGCAGCAGGAAAACUCCAGAGCUACCUGGCUAAGGGCUGCCGUCUUUCUCCUCGGGACACUUACAGCGACCGCAGUGGUAGCAGCUCACCUGAUGUGGACAUCACUGAACUGAGGUUUCCCUCUUUGUAGGUGUAGUUGCUGUUAUUUGUGUCACUCUUGCAGAUAAAUGCAAGGUCCUGGCAAAAAAAAUUGGUCACACUUAGCAGAUGCUGCAAUAUCAAAAUUUAUAUCAAGCUGUUUUUACUCCGUUUGACACAGUAUGCUGAAUCAUUUGUACACUAAACAUAUAAUGCCUUCAACCUUUGUGUCAAGAAAGGUAAAAAUUGGAAUAACGUUUUUAUGGGUGAACUUUAAGGAAGCAUGUGGAUGUUGUGGAAUAGCUAUACAGAACACUUGUUGAAUUUAAAACAUAGAAUUGGGUAAAUCACAAACGGUACGACAUCAACCUAUCAGAAAGUAUGCUGUAUCAGUAUUGGCAAGAUGCCUGUGAAAAAUUGUGAGAAGAUGGAAGGUGUAGUUUGUUGUUAGGCAUAGGAACUUUUGACUACUCAGAAUUAACAGGUGACUUGGCAGGACUCGUGGCAGCAGUAUGAAGUCAGAAUCAGUCUGGCAGAUUCUUGUGGCAGCCAUCCUCCAAAUCAGUCCAAUCCAAUGUAAGAAAACACUGAUAAGACACAUACUGUCAUGCUGUUUGCAGUUUGCAUACUCCAUGUUUUGCCGCUGUAUCAUGGCAGUUAGACACACUGUUGAUACUUUUACCUCUUUAAAAUCCUUGUUUUUGGUGACAGUUUUGUUUUAUGUAUGUCUCUACUUUGAAUGCAAAUUUUGGUUUUAAAUAUUCUUGCUCGGUAUUGCUGUCAAAAUUCUACAGGGUUAACGUUAACUUGGACCACAAAGGUUGUGGCUGUAGCGUGUAUAUGAAAUAUUCUGUUAUAAUAAUAUGCAUGUUUAAGGCUUGUAAUUACUGGGUUUUAUUUCCUGUGCUGAAACUGAUAUAUGCAGACUUACGCACUUUGCAGUGUUGUAAGCUUUUAUUCCAUAAACCAGAACUCAACAGUUCAUGUUGCAUAACUUCAAGGUUUGAGCCUUUUGCCUUUUAUCAACAAAUAUGGUUUUGAAUUCUGUUUCCCCUUGCUUCCAUUUCUGACCCAGAGCUUCCUAAAGUGAAAUAUGCUGAUGCAGAGUCAUCUGACAGUCCAGCAAACAUUAGGUGACCUUUGAGUCAACUGUAGGAAACAGGAGAAGAAGGUUUGGCAUUUGAAAACUGAAAUAAUAAAACUGAAAAUAAGACCUCAGUUUGAUCUCAAAACAUCAGUAGCAGCCAACCGUAGCUCAUAAAUCUCAAACUUUCAAGGUACAUCUUCAGGCUUGGUUAUGUGUUGCUUUUAUUUAUGUUUUGUUGACUCAAAUGUAUGAUCAUACCAUAUUUUUCUAUUUAUGAAAUUGGAAUGCAUGUGUGAUGCAAUGUGUGGGUUUAUUCUGAAUUAAAAAAUUAUUUCUUA